GAGAUGGCAGCGUUCACAGCGAGAUGAGGCGGUGGAAAGUGGAAUGUAACUAGCUAGCUGGGGGGAAAAAACAUAAAGUUCAGCCAAAAAUCGGACCGAUUAUUGGUAAUGAAACACAAGACCUUAGGGGGCCGCAAGGGAAAUCAGGUGGUGUGGAGACUAAAGAAAAACCAACAGCGCAGUGGAAGUCUCUUCCCAACUGUAGUGCGCCCCCUAUGGUGAGGGGUGGUCCUGCAAGGGGCUGGUCGCGUGAAGGCAAGGAGGAAGAGGAGGAGCUGAGGAGAUGGCCACGCCCUUCGUUCCAGUAGCAGUGCCCAUGGACAGGGGGUUGCUGGGCAACAGCAGGCCCCGCGCGCAGAGGGCGUCCUCGCUCGGCAGCGCCUCCAGCAGCUCGGGGUCCUCCUCCUCCAGGGGGCGGGAGGGAGCCCCGACAGAGGAGCGGGCAUGCCCGACUCCCACCCCACCCCCCCAGUGCCAGAGCCCCACGGCCCGGGCCCGCCUGAACGGGGCGGACUGCUCCAUGGAGUACUCCAGUCGCUCGCUGUCCCAGGACGAGGGCUCACUGGGCCGCGACCCCGAGGAGAGGCCCCUCACCCCAACCGUGCUGGGGUACGAGGUCAUGGAGGAGCGCGCCAAGUUCACCGUGUAUAAGAUCUUGGUGAGGAAGAGCCAGGAGGAGAGCUGGGUGGUCUUCAGGAGAUACACGGACUUCUCCAGGCUGAACGACAAGCUGAAGGAGAUGUUCCCAGGGUUCAGACUGUCUCUCCCGCCUAAGCGAUGGUUUAAAGACAAUUACAACACCGACUUCCUGGAGGACCGACAGCUCGGGCUGCAGGUCUUCCUGCAGAACAUAGUCGCGCACAAAGACAUCGCCAACAGCAUGGCGGUACGAGAGUUCCUGUGUCUGGAUGACCCCCCUGGUCCCUUUGACAGCCUGGAGGAGAGCCGGGCCUUCUGUGAGACCCUGGAAGAGAGUAAUUAUCGGCUGCAGAAGGAGCUGGUGGAGAAGCAGAGGGAGAUCUCCUCUCUCAGGAAGCAGCUGGAGGAGAAGCAGCUCUACAUCCACAUACUGGAGAAAAGGAUCAACGGCACGUCACUGACCCCGGAGAGCCCCUGCGUUCUGUCAGGGCAGGGCAGCGAGAGCAGCGGAGAUGUGGAUGGAGACGUGGAGUGCUCUGCUGUGGAGGCCGACCAGGAGAUGGGCGAAGAGAGCAGCUCUGAGAUGCAGUCCGGCAGACACUCCUGCUGGUGUGGGCCACCACUGAGCAGUUCCCCUCCGGUCAUCCAGGUGGCGGCGCUGUCCGAGGCCCUGCCAGAGCACUGAUCCAGGCCCUGGACUGAGUAGGAAGAGCACAGGGAUGCCCUGCUCCCUCCCUCCCCUCUCUCUCUCAGCUCAUCUCUCUCUCUCCGCCUCCAUCCUUGUCCAUCCCAUCUCUAAGUUUACUGGAGGCCCUGGAUUUCUGGAGUGGUUUCUCUGAGCCUGCCCAAGACCCUGGAUGUCUGGAGCCGUUUCUUUAAGCCCCCUGAAGGCCUUGGAUCUCUAGAAUGGUUUCCCAGUGCAAGUCUAGGCCAUGGACCUCCCCUGUCCUUGGAGAGAAAGGAUACAGGUUCUGCUUUUCUCCCUGUGUGGACUAGUGCCCCUGAAAAGAUAAGAUUUCAAGAGAAUCUCCUCUUACUCCUCCUGGGGGCCGUGUGGAUGGUGACUAUGUCUCUGUAGUGGGAUGUGUAAGGAGGGGGAGGGGAUAUUUUCUCAGAGACACCCCCACGACAUUUCAACAAGGGAUAAAACUAAUGACAAGUUCUGUCUCAGUGGAGGUGGUGGAAUUACUGGGCCAUGUGAUCAACACCACUCCCUCCACUUUCCCUACUCCAAGCUGCUGCACAGCACUGGUGCAUGAUUGGAAAUGUAGUUCUGACCACUGUUUGCCCAAGUGGAUCCCUGAUCAGGUGAGAGGGAGGAAGGAGGAUCAUACAGGCUCCCUCACCAGAGACACCAAUGAGAUCUCCUCUAUGGGGCCUAGUGAUCUGUCUCUCAGCUGGAGCUCUGAUGUCGCUGCUGGUUCCCUCUCUGGCAGUUGUGAGGUCACCAGACCUCCUGGGGGGACUCUUCUUUCGCCACUUCUUUCGUCACUGCCAUCAUUGUCACUUGGAAAAGAAGGAAAGGGGUCAUAUCAAGUGCUCCAAGAGUGCUAUAUCACCAAAAUCACUCCAAGAACGAGCAGUCUGCCUCCAAAGCAAAUUAGUGUGGUGCUCUGGACAUGGAGCUUUCUAUGGAGGGGGGCGAAUAUUUAAUCUGAUGAGCAAAGGGAACCACCUCCUGUAAUGUGUCGGUCCACACACAGGCUGUGAGAGCAUGGUAGGCUAAGCAGGUGUUGCAGUCUGCACCCUACCUUUUAGCUCAAGGGGAGCUCAGGUAGAGCCUCCCUGAUUCAACAGAGGCCUCGUUUGCCUGUAAGAGCAAGCCGUGCCUCGUGGCCGCCAUGUUGGAUUUCGCUUUUGUUGUCCCUCUGUCUCCCCUGAUCCCUAGAGACCCAAACAGACAUGGACCCACCCUCAGUUUUCGUGCGUUCCCAGCGGGUUUGGCCCUGUCUCUCCUGAUUCGUUAGACCUGACCACGCAUCCCUGUGGCUCUCCUCAUCGCUCGGACACCGCAAAACUGCUGGCACUAAAACUAUGGGGUGCCGCGGUGGUCUGAACUGCAACGGUCUGGGACCGUGACGGACUAAACCGCAACGGUCCGAACCGCGACGGUCUAAACACAAAGUGAACCUUAACCAAGCAAAGCCUGCAACCCUUGGACUAACAGACACGGCACUCUGAAAUAGCACUGUAGAUAUUAUAUAUGCAUAAAUUAGCAAUUGUUACCGAUUUGGUAUAACGCUCUAAUGAAUGUAGCUAUUAUGUAGCUAUGAUUACAGUAACAAUGCGAUGAUUUAAGCCAUCAGACUCCAUGAACAUGUAACCUGAUCAGACAUGCUCAAUGGACACAAACACAUUGGAACUUAAAAGGCUCAUUCCAGGCCAAAAAUGAAAAACAUCCAACAUAACUCUGGGUUUUACUACCAAAGUGACCAAGACAGCUAGGGAUGUGCCUUUCGAAUAAUUUGACGUUCGAAUAAAAUAUGGCUCCCAAGACCUGAUAAUCAAGCAAUUUUUCCCCACUGUUUUUUCCCCAACUGUUAUUGUUUCCAUGUAAAAAAUGAGAUGUGCAUUCACUCACACGUUCAGGUAGGUCAUAUUAAUGCACACUCAUUUUUUAAGCUGGUUUCUUAGGUUCUCCUUCCUGAUUGGUCAGAAGGAAUAAACUGGGUUUUCCUUAAUGUUUUUUUUUUUUAAUGUUUUUUUUGGAAGAAGUGUUAGAAUACCUGUACACAUAAUUUAUUGGGGAUCUCAUGGUUGAAUGUUUGAUCUCGGCCCUCUUUUGCUUUGUUGAUGUUGUUGUUGUUGGAUACAAAGCGUGCCGUGUCGUGAGAGUUAGAGUGAGGCUUCAUGAACCCCAGAAUGGGUGGAGUUGUUUUGUCAGUUGUUUUUCUGAUUUGGAUGUAUAGUGGAGUAUUUCUGCCGGGAGGGAAGCCUCCUGAUUGGCUGGUAUGGGUCAGUGAGUGACAGCAAGUGUUGCCUGCUAUGAGCAGGUAAAAACAUGCUUAACCCAGGCUGACAGUGACAGUCCAAACCGCUCUUCCCUUUGGAGUUGGUGUUUCAUCUUGUGCUAGACCUGUGUUUGAAAGUCUGAUCACAACUGGUGGUCCAAUCAGAAGCCAGAGAGAAGUGACAGAACACACUCCCCCUUAUUUUCCCCAAUUUUGAUCAUAAAAUAUAGGUCGCGUUCUUGACCUUUCGGUCCAGAAUUAUGGUGGAUCUGAUUUGUGAUGUGAUUGUACGAGACCAGCCCUCAAAAGCUGAUGGUGUAAAGAGUGUCCCACCCUAAAACCUUAAGAGUGUAAGCAGCACCUCUGCUUACCUCAGCAAGGAAAAGACAGCUUGUCCCGUGACCUCAGGUUGCAUUUCUGCGUCUAGGCUGAAUUCCCAUCACGUACGUCUUCAGCCAUCUUGAUUUGGCAACUGGUGCGCCUGAGAACACCUGACGACAGUGUCUGUACUUCUGCCCUGUGUCCACUCUGUCAGAAAACGGCCGAGCUCGGCACAGGUGACCCCUGCCCCUCCUUAAAUGUUACAUGAAGUUUACCAUACACGCGCCUGGUGUUCAGUGACACUGUGGCGUAUGGUGGCACCUACACCAGGCUAGACAGACAGCUUGCCCUUGUGCAUCUUUUACUUCUCUGCAUCUUCUCUAAAAUUUCGCUAACAACCUUACAACUGUUGUGCUUGCGUGCGUGCGUGUAUAUGUUAACACGAAAGCGUUUUAAUGACCAAUGUCACUCAAAAAUACACUGCACGUGUGUGUGUGUGUGUGUGUGUGUGUGUGUGU